AGACCUCUUUCUGAAACGCUAUCCUCAUAGCUAGUUAACUUCGUUUUCCGCGAGGUACGGAGAGGUAUGCUAGUGCUUAGCUCCAGAGCACAAACCCCAGGAAAAUGGAACUUCUAAAACAGAGUGUAUACCUACCAGCCUUCAAAGCAGUGAAGAAUGAAAUAUGCAAGAACCACACUUUAAUGACAAUUGAACACAUAUUCCAGGGAUCACCAUGGGCAUUAAAAAUGUUUGAUUCAUCUACGAAGAUUCCGGAGGGAGUACUCUUGGGUACCACUGCCCAUCUGGGAAACUUUGAUGAAUGUUUGGAGGUGAAUGUGAAUGAGGACUGGGGUUCAUUCAAGGGCCAGCACUGCAUGGCGAGUGUGACCAUGAAUAUGUCUGGUUUUGUGAGGGAGGUGAAAUCAUGGCCAUUUAAGUGGGCAGUAUGCAUACCAUCUUCGUGUUCUGCUGCUGAUCUCAAGGCUUUCCUUACCACAGCAUUUCAUUUUAAUAUAAAUGUGGAUCCAUUAGACUGUCACAUUCAAGGAAGCAGACCAUUUCUACCACUUGAUUGGGUUGCAAUAACAGUUCUCAGCUUCUUUGGCCUGCUAUGUGUUCUCAGCACUGGGUAUGAUAUUUUUGUCACAAAUCCAUGGAAUCACAGGGAACGUCUACUGAUCUUCUCAUGGUACACAAAUGGGAAACAGCUCCUGAGCACAAAGAGCUCUAGCAGUAUACUGGAGUGUCUGCAUGGUAUACGGUUCCUCAGCAUCAUUUGGAUUGCAUUUGGCCAUGUAAACAGCGCAGUAAUUUUUUUGCCUCAAAUUAACUUGCUCAAUUAUGCAAGAAAACUAAGAGACUGGGGACACGUGGCUGCACCUGGUUCGUUGUUUGCUGUUGACUGUUUUCUCUUAAUAAGUGGAACUCUGCUAUGUUACACCUUCAUGAAUAUGAGAAAAGGGAUGAACUUCAAUCUACCUGUUUAUGUUCUUCAUCGAUAUAUGAGGACAACACCUCUGAUGGCUGUACUUAUUCUUGUAUACACAAGUCUGAUCCUACACCUUGGAUCUGGUCCCAUGUGGGAUAGCUACUUUCACUCAACUCAUGUAGAUAUCUGUAAAAGAAACUGGUGGACAGCAAUUUUUCACAUCCAAAACUAUGUUCAUCCUACGGAAAUGUGCCUAGUUGAAUCAUGGUACCUGUCUGUUGACAUGCAGCUAUAUUUGUGUUCUGCUCUCCUCCUUCUGCCUCUCCACAAGAAGCCAAAAUUUGGACUAAUUUUGCUUGAAGUGGUAACAGCAGGCUCUAUCCUCUCCUGCUUCUUGGAGUUAUGUUUGAACAAUGAAGUAAUAUCACUUUCGAAUGAUGUUCCAUCCUAUUCUUAUGCGCACACUCGAGCUGCCCCCUGGUUUAUUGGAAUGAACUUGGGUUACUACCUCUCCCACACCAGCCAACUGAGGAAAAACAUUGCUGCUGGAAGAAGAAGGGGUCUUUCAAAGAAAUUUGUGGGUGUUGGUUGGCUGCUGGCAUUUGUCUGCUUGGCUGCACCAAUCUUUGUACAGCAUCAGUUUGUACAGGAAGAUUUCACCCCUAGUCGCUUGGAAACAGCACUUUUUAAAACUCUAUCAAAACCAAUAUGGUCUCUAGGAAUUUCCUGGAUUAUAUUCGCCUGUGUUUCAGGAUAUGGAGGUCCAGUGAAUGCCUUUCUGUCAUGGAAGUUCUUCCACCCACUCAGCCGUUUGACUUACAGUAUUUAUCUCCUUCACUUUUCCGUCAUAGGAAUACAAUUACUUCCAACUAAGAUGCUGUCACAUGCUGAUGACUUGAGUGUGGUAUCAGUCUUGUUUUCAACAAUGGUGUUCACUAUCCUGCUGGCAAUACCUGCAUCACUAACAUUUGAAUUUCCUCUGUCGGCCCUUCUCAGGGUUCUUUCUGGUAAGCAGAAGAAAUGGGCUCCACAUGAGGUCAGCAGUGCAUCCAAACAGGAUGAUAUGACAGACAAUGGUGCUCCUCACUGUGUAGUGAUUCCUGGUUCAAACAUCAGUCAUGAUAUGAAUACACCAAUGAAGUACCCAUCAAAUCUUAAUAUUCUGGAUGGAAACUACAUUCACAAUAGAAUGCAAUGGAUACCAGCCUUCAAAGCAGUGAAAAAUGAAUUAUGCAAGAACCACACUGUAAAGACAAUUGAGGGCAUAUUCCAAGGAUCACUAUGGGCCUUAAAAAUGUUUGAUUCAUCUACAAAGAUCCCUGAGGGAGUAUUAUCAGGCAGCCUUCUUCAUCCAGGAAACUUUGAUGAAUGUUUGGAUGUGAAUGUGGAUGAGGAAUGGGGAUCAUUCAAGGGUCAGCACUGCAUGGCGAGUGUGAACAUAAAUGCAUCUGUUUUCUUAAAGGAGGUGAAAUCAAGGCCAUUUACUUGGGCAAUAUGUACACCAUCUUCAUGUACUGCUGAUGAUCUCAAGGAUUUCCUUACAACAGCACUUAAUUAUACAAUAAAUGUGGAUCCAUUAGACUGCCAUGUUCAAGGAAGUAGGCCAUUUCUACCACUUGACUGGCUUGCAAUAGCAGUUGUGAGUUUCUUUGGCCUGCUAUGUGUUCUCAGCACUGGGUAUGAUAUUACUGUCACAGAUCCACGGAAUCGUAGAGAAGUUCUACUGAUCUUCUCAUGGUACAGAAAUGGAAUACGACUCCUGAAUACAAAGCGUUCUAGCAACAUGCUAGAUUGUCUGCAUGGCAUACGAUUCUUCAGUAUUAAUUGGGUUGUAAUGGGACACUCAUUUAGCUCAACAUUUCGUGACCCUGGAAUUAACAUUCUCGGUUUUGCAAAAGAACUCAGAAACUGGGGACACGUGAUUGUAAUAGGCGCAUUUUUUGCUGUUGACACUUUCCUCUUAAUAAGUAGUGCUCUGCUGUGUUACAUCUUCAUGGAGACAAUGAGUGAAAGAGGGGUGAAAUUCAAUCUACCUGUCUACAUUCUUCAUCGAUAUAUGAGGACAACACCUUUGAUGGCUGUUCUUGUUCUUGUAUAUACAAGUCUCAUUCUGCACUUUGGAUCUGGUCCUCUGUGGGAGAGUCACCUCCGGUCAGACAUUGUAUCACACUGUGAAAAAAACUGGUGGACAGCACUUCUUCAUAUCCAAAACUAUUUUCAUCCUAGAGAAUUGUGCAUGGGUGAAACAUGGUACUUAUCUGUUGAUAUGCAGCUAUAUAUUAUUUCUCCUAUAUUGCUUCUGCCCCUCCUCAAGAAGCCAAAAAUUGGAAUAAUUUUACUUGAGUUGGUAAUAGCAGCAUCUAUCCUCUCCAGCUUCCUGGAGUUCUAUUUGGACAAUCAAGACGUAUCAGUUUUCUAUGUUGCUCCAAAUUAUGCAUAUGCACACACUCGAGCUGCACCCUGGUUUAUUGGAAUUGCCUUGGGUUACUGCCUCUACCGUAGGGCUCAAUGGAGGAAUGACAUAGCUGUUGGAAGAAGAAGUGGCCUUUCAAAGACAGUUCUGGGUGCUGGUUGGCUCUUGGCAGCUAUUUGUUUGGUUGCACCAGUCCUUGUACAGCAUCAGUUUGUACAGGAUGACUUCUUCCCUAGCCGUUUGGAGUUUGCAUUGUUUAAAUCUCUGUCAAAACCAAUAUGGUCUCUAGGACUUUCUUGGGUUAUCUUUGUCUGUGUUUCAGGAUAUGGAGGGCCAGUGAAUGCAUUCCUGUCAUGGGAGGUCUUCCAACCUCUGGCCCGCUUGACUUACAGCAUUUAUCUCCUUCACUUGCUCUUCAUAAGAAUAAGGACAGAGCGAAGUAUAAGUGUGUCAUAUAAUGAUGACAUGAAAAUGGUGUCACUCUGGUUUUCAACAAUGCUGUACGCUAUCCUGCUGGCAAUACCUGCAUCAUUAAUGUUUGAAUUUCCAAUAUCAGCCCUUCAAAAGCUUCUUUUUGGUGACUGGAUGAUAAAGAUGAACCAGAAACAACAAGAGGUCAGCAACGCAUCCCAAAAAGACAAGAUAAACAAUGAUCAUUUUCCUCAUAGCGUAAUGACUGCUGGUUCUGACGUCAGUCAGGAUCCGAAUGCACCACAAAACUACCCAAUGAAGUUUAAUAUUUUAGAUGGAAACAACAUUCAUAACAAAAUGAAAUGAAUCAGUUGAGUAAUGAAUGGCUAUUUAUAUAGAUUAUUAUUUCUCAGUAAUAUAGCACAACUAUAUAUUGUUUGAAACAAAACUAGGAAAUAAAGGAAUUACUCAUAACAUAA